UGAACGAAGAUACAUCAUGCCUGGCAGAGUGGUAGUGAUGUGAGAUUGUGGCAUGAACGGUGAUGACGUGAUUGGUAACGAGAAUGUAACGACAUCGUUUUAUAAUUGGUAAACGGAAACGAUUUCGAUGGUCUUUUCGCUCGAAACUUCAAUUAGCCGCCUUAGUCUUUCCCUUUCUUUCACAAAAACCCCAAAUACAAAAACCCCUACCGGCCAACUACUUUUCCGACUUCUACUCGAAAAUUUUCGCUCACUUUUUCGAGAAACAAACAAAACAAACACAAAAGGAUGGCCUUUCGUUUCUCUCUUCACCGCCUCAGAUCCCACCUCCUCCGCACGAAAACCACCAGAUUAUUCGAAUAUGGUUCCCCAAUCCUCUCCGCGACAAUCAAAAGUUCAAAUCCGUUAAUUCUGUCUCCAGUUUCAGAUCUCACUACGAUCUCUAGCUUACGUUUCUUCUCCACAGCUCGCCGCAACCCGACCCGAUCUAAAAUAGAUAUCGGAGCCCGAGCUCGUCAACUCCAAACCCGAAGACUCUGGACCUACGCAUUAACAUUCAGUUGCAUAGCAGGUUUCAUAGUAAUUGUAAUAAACAAUUUCCAAGAUCAGAUGGUGUUUUACAUAACCCCAACAGACGCUAUGGAAAAAUACAAAACAAACCCAGAAAAAAACAAGUUUAGAUUAGGUGGGUUGGUUCUUGAAGGGAGUGUAGCACAACCUGCUACAUCACCUGAAAUGGAGUUUGUUAUAACAGAUUUAGUGACUGAUAUUUUGGUAAGGUAUCAAGGAUCGUUGCCAGACUUGUUUAGAGAAGGCCAUUCUGUUGUCGUAGAAGGGUUUGUGAAGCCUUUAACAGAGGAAUUAAAGAAGGAUGGAAAUGCUAAUAGUGUUUCAGGGAAAGCCAGAAGUGGUGAGUGUUUUUUCAAGGCUACGGAGGUUUUGGCUAAGCAUGAUGAGAAGUAUAUGCCUAAAGAAGUUGCUGAUGCUAUUGAGAAGAAUAAGAAGCUGUUGGCUGAAGCUGCUGCUGAAGGAACUGAAGCCAAAGUCGACUAACCCGUAGUAAUGGUAUGCUACCAUUCUAAUUUUUUGGAUAUAUGCUAUAGUUGAAAGCUGGUGGAUUAAUUGGUGAAAUUUUGAUCUUUUUUGGUAAUGUAGUAAUAUUUGGUUUUUAUUAUACACAUUGAAGUGAGAGUUUGUGCUCAUAAUUGUUCAAGUCAGGCUACAUUUAGUCUUGAGAGAGAGAGAAUUGGAUUACUUGAUGUUGUAAUUGCACAUUCAUUCUAGUUAACUGAGUAAUGAAUAAUGCCACCAAUGAAUAUGAGGAUA